AUGAGACAGAUGAUAAGGAUACUGGAUAACCCUAACGUGAAAACUUGUUUGUUAGCCGAUGCCACAGGGUUGGGUAUGAUUAUCAAAUCGUCGGAUUCUGAACACGGGGUCGAUACUGCUCUUACCACAUUACCAGAUUCUCAUCCAGCAAGCUUUCUCCGCUUUACCGUCAAGUUUGUUGAUAAUGGAUCACCGGAGAAAACAAGGACUUGA